CUUGUAAUUGGAAAAGCUCCGAUGUGACAAGAAGCUUUGGCGAACACCGCAGAGGUUGAGUGCGUGAGAGGGAUUCGAGUGGGCGCAACCGACCUAGAGAAUCUUCCGUUUACUGUCUCUUUCUUUCAGGCACACGUACCUUCGUGGUCAAUCGCAUCACAUCUUCUCUUCGUUUAGGCUACUCUCUCUACCCAUUCGGCGUAUUUCACUCGGAUAACUUCUCUCUAAAAGGAAAAUACUGUUUAUGGUUUUGACCGAAGAUUUCAAGAUGUCUCGCACCGACGAGGUUCACCGCAUAACGGAGAAUGUCUACAAGUCCAUCAUGGAACAGUUCAACCCCUGCUUGCGGAACUUCGUUGCCAUGGGGAAGAGCUAUGAGAAGGCCCUAUCCAAUGUGACAUUUGCUGCUAAGGGCUACUUUGAUGCCCUGGUGAGGAUGGGAGAGCUAGCCAGUGAGAGCCAGGGAUCCAAGGACAUGGGGGACGUGCUGUUUCAGAUGGCGGAGGUCCACAGACAGAUCCAAGUACAGCUGGAGGAGAUGCUGAAGUCUUUCCACAACGAGCUGCUGUCUGAGCUGGAGAAGAAGGUUGAGCUGGAUGCUCGUUACCUGACGGCUGCGUUGAAGAAGUACCAAGUGGAGCACAAGAGUAAGGGAGAGAGUCUGGAGAAGUGUCAGGCUGAGCUGAAGAAACUCCGCAGGAAGAGCCAGGGCAGCAAGAACCCCUCCAAGUACGGAGAGAAGGAGAUGCAGUUUGUGGAGACCAUCAGUAGUAAGCAGAGUGAACUGGACACCUUCAUAGCAGAGGGCUACAAGACUGCUCUGUCUGAGGAGCGCAGGAGGUACUGUUUCCUGGUGGACAGACAGUGUGCUGUAGCCAAGAACAGCAGCGCCUACCACGGCAAGGGUAAAGACCUGCUGACCCAGAAGAUCCCAGUAUGGCAGCAGGCUUGUUCAGAUCCCAACAAGCUACCAGAGCGGGCCAUGCUCCUAGCCCAGCAGAUGGGCUCCGGGUCCAGCACGGGCACCGCAUCCCUGACCAUGGGGGGCUCCAGCCCCCUGAACACCUCCAAGUCUAACCUGUCCAACCUGGUCAUCUCUGACCCCAUCCCCGGGGCUCAGCCACUCCCUGUCCCCCCAGAACUGGCUGUCUUCAUGGGUGGUGGGCUGGGGCACCAGGCGAGGCUGAUGGGUUCAGAUGGGAUGACCAUGGUGAACGGUACGACAGGACUCCACGGAGAGGAAGAGUACUGGACAGAGGGGGGUGUGUCAGUCUCCCAGCUCCAAGGAAGACCCUCCUCUCCCCAGGCCCCUUCCCUACCCCAGGGACAGGCCCCCACCCAGAGACAGGUCAGUGAGCACUACUCCAAUACCCUGCCCGUCCGCAGGCCCCAGCCUGCCAAGAACAAGACCUCUGUUGGUGAGACCCGUACCCUGCCCAGGUCUAGCUCCAUGGCAGCGGGGCUGGAGAAGAACGGUCGUGCCCGUGUCCAGGCCAUCUUCUCCCACGCGGCUGGAGACAACAGCACCCUGCUCAGCUUCUCUGAGGGAGACGUCAUCACUCUGCUGGUCCCAGAGGCCCGUGACGGAUGGCACUAUGGGGAGAACGAGAAGAACAAGAUGCGUGGCUGGUUCCCCUUCUCUUACACACGUGUGCUGCCAGAGAGUGAGAAGGAGAAGCUCCAGGUGAAUCUGCACCAUGGGAAGAGCAGCAGCACCGGGAACCUGCUGGAGAGCGACAUGUCUCUGCCCAUGCCCGACUACGGCCUGACUGCCCGCCUGCUGGCACAGAGCCUGGCACAGAGCAGACCCAGGCCCUACAGCAUGGCAGGCUUUACCACACAGCCUGCCCUUGAGGACUAUGACAGUCGCUUUGCUGCUGCAAGUUUGGGUCCAGAAAUGUCCCGGUUCUGAAAGAACAGGACGUCAUGACCGAGCCCUGGAGAUUUACUUCAGACAACCCAUCAAUGAUGACAGAUCAGCCCCUAUAUUCUACUAGCAGGGGCCCUCACAGCACCCCUGUGGGUCCCUGGCCCCUCAUCCUCCCCUUAACACCCCUGUAGGCCCCUGCGGCUCCCUGGCCUCUCACCCUCCCCUUACCACUCCUGUAGGCCCCUCUGGGUCCUUGGCCUCUCACCCUCCACUUAGCACCCCUGUAGGCCUCUGUGGGUCCUUGGCCUCUCACCCUCCACUUAACACCCCUAUAGGCCCCUGGGGCUCCAUGGCCUCUCAACCUCCCCUAACACCCCUGUAUGCCCCUGUGGGUCCCUGGCCUCUCACCCUCCCCUUAACACCCCUGUAGGCCCCUGUGGGUCCUUGGCCUCUCAACCUCCCCUUAACACCCUUGUGGGUCCUUGGCCUCUCACCCUCCACUUAACACCCCUAUAGGCCCCUGGGGCUCCCUGGCCUCUCACCCUCCCCUCACAGCACCCAUGUAGGCCCCUGUGGGUCCCUGGCCUCUCACAGCACCCCUGUAGGCCCCUGGCCACUCACCCUCCCCUCACAGCACCCCUGUAGGCCCCUGGGGGUCCCUGGCCUCUCAUCCUUCCCUUAACCACCCUGUAGGCCCCUGGGGGUCCUUGGCCCCACCACCUCCCCCUAACCAGCCUGUGUGUCCCUGGCCCCUCACCCUCCCUUUAAGACCGCUGUAGGUCUCUGGCCUCUCUAGCUGUCACAAUACUGAUAAUGAUGAACAUAUAUUUUUCAUUUCUAUGUUCCUGUAACUUUAAAUAAUGUACAGCAAACUGUCUAAGAGGUUGAAGGUAAAUACUGAGAGGGAGGACAACGUGUGGUAUGUAUAUAGGUUAUAUUACAGUAAAUUGAUAGUUACACUGGAUGUAGAUGUACAGUAUAACAUAAGUACAUUUGUAAAUACUUUUUCAUUUAAAACUAUUACUUGAUAUUUUAAACCAAGUAUGCCCAAAGCUCUUCCUGAAGAUCUACCAUCCUGUAGGUUUUCAAUCCAACAUACCUGAUUCCACUAGUUAAGGUCUGGGUGACCUGCUAAUAAUUAGAAUCAGGUGAGUGAGUGAAAAAGUACAGGACGGUAGAUCUUCUGGAAGAGGGUUGGGCAGCCCUGCAGCAGGCCUACAUGCUAGCCUAGAACUGCUGUCAACUAGGAUGGGCCAUAGGGAGGCUCCACCACUACACUUACACUGCCUUGCAAAAGUGUUCACACCCCUCGGAUUUCCUCAAAUUUUGUUGGUACAAAGUGGGAUUAAAAAGGAAUAAAAUAUUUUUUGGGUCAACAAUCUUCACAAAAUACUCAAGUCAAAGUGGAAGAUGUUUUAUUGAUUUAAUAUGAAUAGAGAUUACAUAACAAAAAUAUAGUCGUUGCAUAAGUAUUGAGCCCCCUAAGUCAAUACAUUUGACUUAGGGGGCUCAAUACAUUUGACUUAGGGGGGCGAUUACAGCUGUGUCUUCCUGGGUAAAUCUUUUAAAGCUUUACACACCUGGAUUGUGCAAUAUUAGCCCAUUUUUAUUAUUUUUAAAGUUCUUCAAGCUCUGUCAAGAAGUCUCGCUAUUGAUUUAAGCAGAUUUAUGUCAAAACUGUACCACUCAGGAACAUUCACUGUCUUCUUGGUAAAAUACUCCAGUGUAGAUUUGGCCUUGUGUUGUAGGUUAUUUUCCUGCUGAAAAGUGAAUUCCUCUCUGUGACUGGUGUAAAGCAGACUGAAGCAGGUUUUCCUCAAGAAUUUUGCAUGUGCUUAGCUUCAUCCCGUUUCUUUUUAUCCUGAAAAACUCCCCAUGCAUACCCAUACCAUGAUGCAGCCACCACCAUGCUUAAAAAUAAGGAGGCAGUUAGUUACUCAGUGAUGUGUUGGAUUUGCCCCAAAUGUAAGACUUUGCAGUGUUUUUUUUAAGUAUUACUUUUGUGCCUUGUUGCAUAUGUAACCGAUGUGAAAUGGCUAGUUAGUUAGCGGUAGUGCGCGCUAAUAGCGUUUCAAUCGGGUGACAUCACUCGCUCUCCGACCUUAAGUAGUUGCUCUGCAAGGGCCACGGCUUUUGUGGCGCGAUGGUUAACGAUGCUUCGUGGGGUGUCAGUUGUUGAUGUGCACAGAGGGUCCCUGGUUCAAGCCCAGGUUGGGGUGAGGAGAGGGACGAAAGCUAUACUGUUACACAUACAAGAUGAAUGUUUUGCAAUAUUUUUAUUCUGUAUAUUUGUAUUGUUCUUUUCAAUCUGCCAUUGUAAGUCAUUAUUGUGGAUACUCUACAAUGUUGUUGGGCCAACCUCAGUUUUCUCCCAUCACAGCUUUUUUUAAAUCACCAAUGGCCUCAUGGUGACAUCCCUGAGCUGUUUCAAUCCUGCUGCUCAGUUCAAAAGGAGGACUGCAUCUUUUAUGUGUCUGGGUGGUUUAAUACACCAUCCACAGAAUAAUUAUUAACUUCACCAUGCUUAAAUACAUAUUAAAUGUCUGAUUUGUUAUUGUUACCCAUCUACGAAUCACUGCCCUUCUUUAUAAGGCUUUCAAAAAGGUACCUGGUCUUUGUAAUUUAAUCUGUGCUUGAAAUUCAAUACUUGACUGAAGGACCUUACAGAUAGAUGGUGUAUGUAUGGGGGAUGGAGGAAGGGUUAGUCACUAAAAUAUCAUAUCAACCCCUAUUACACACACUGAGUCCAUAUAACUUCAAAUCAAAUUUUAUUAGUCACAUGCGCCGAAUACAACAGACCUUACAGUGAAAUGCUUACUUACGAGCCCCUAACCGACAAUGCAGUUGAAAAAAAUAUGGAUAAGAAUAAGAGAGAAAUGUAACAAGUAAUUAAAGAGGAGCAGUGAAAAAUAACAAUAUAUAGGGGGGUGCCGGUACAGAGUCAAUGUGUGGAGGCACCAGUUAGUUGAGGUAGUAUGUGCAUGUAGGUAGAGAUAAUUAAAGUGACUAUGCAUAGAU